AUGAAUCCUAUGUCAAUGGACAGGGAUGAACCGUCAUCUUUGUUAUCAUAUUCCACAAAUCAUCCCCUAGAGCAGUUUGUACUUUUAGCUAAAGGUGCUAAAGGUUUUGCAUGUGCGGAACUAAUUAAACAAGUACUGGAAGCUCCAGGGGUUCACGUAUUUGGAGAACUUCUUGAAAUGCCAAAUAUUAAAGAGUUAGAAAAUGGGCCUUAUGCUACACACUAUAAGACACUGAAUCUAUUCGCUUAUGGAACAUACAAGGAAUACUUAGAGAACAAGUCAGAAUAUUUAGAACUAACUCCAGUACAAUGUAAAAAGCUUCAACACUUAACAAUUGCAACUUUGGCAACUCAGGAAAAAUGUAUUCCCUACAGUGUACUUCUAAAGGAAUUGGAUAUCAAAAAUGUAAGGGACUUAGAAGAUCUAAUAAUAGAAGCUAUUUAUGCAGAUAUAAUUCAUGGCAAAUUGGAUCAAGAAUGCAAGCGCGUGGAAGUUGAUGUUGCACUUGGAAGAGAUGCAAGACUCGAAGAUGCUUCUGCUAUAGCAGAUGUUCUAGCUGACUGGUGUAAUGCUUGUGAAGCUGUUCUAAAUUCAGUCGACCGCCAUAUACAACGCGCUAAUCAUCACAAACAAAAAGCCUUGAGACAUCAACAGGGUAUUGAGCAAGAGAUAAUGUACAUCAAGAAAACUCUGAAAACCCAAGCAGAAAACGACGAAUCUGCUUCUGGUGGCGGCACAGAAACACAUUCAGCGCCAAAGAAGAACUCUGGCAAGGGAAAAACCCCGCGAAAUGCUGCGAAGUUCUGGCAGAAGAACACAUAA